GCCUGCGUGCGGGGGCGGGACCGCGGCGAGAGGGGCAGGCGGGUCCGGAUGGCGGCGGCGAGGGGCUCCUGAGCGGGCCGGGGCCAUGAGCGCCGCCCGGCCCCAGUUCAGCAUCGAUGACGCCUUCGAGCUGUCCUUGGAGGACGCGGGCCCGGGGCCCGAAUUCAGCGGGGUCUCCCGCUUCGGGCCGCUGCACUUCGAGCGCCGGGCCCGGUUCGAGGUGGCCGACGAGGACAAGCAGUCCCGGCUGCGCUACCAGAACCUGGAGAACGAUGAGGACGCAGCCCAGGCCUCUCCGGAGCCGGAUGGGGGAGUCAGCACCAGGGAUUCCAGCCGAACGUCCAUCCGCAGCUCCCAGUGGUCCUUCAGCACCAUCAGCAACACCACCCAGCGCUCCUACCACGCCUGCUGCAGCUGGACUCAGCACCCUUUGAUCCAGAAGAACCGCCGGGUAGUGCUGGCCUCCUUCCUGCUCCUGCUGCUGGGGCUGGGGAGCAGAAGAGUAACCACUCUGCCAUUUAUUCUUUGUCUGCUUGGAGCCAGGUGCAGCGUAGGCUUAUUUCCCCCCUUAUGGAAGUCACACAGCAGUGCUGAUCCUGAUCGCCGUGGGACUGGAGGUGGCCCCCUCGCCAGGUGUCUCCAGCGCCAUCUUCUUCGUGCCGGGCUUCCUGUUGUUGGUUCCCGGAGUCUACCACGUGAUCUUCAUCUACUGCGCGGUUAAGGGCCACCGGGGCUUUCAGUUCUUCUACCUGCCCUACUUCGAGAAGUGAACCUCGGGCGGGCAGCCGGAAUCCAGCCUCGUCUCCGAGCGGCCCCAGGAGGCGCUCCUCGGGUCCGCUCCUGCUCCCUCAUCUCCAGGGAAGAAAUCCGGGACCCCGGAGUCCCCAACCCCUCGAAGUUUGCUCAGGAAGUUUGCCCAAUACCCAGGCCUGGAAAAGUCGCCCCUGGCCUGUUCUGUGCCUUAAGUUAUUCUUGGGCCCUGGGGCUGCUGGGUUGGUGGUGUUUUGUGCUAAUAAAAGAAUGUACUUCAUUCCA